AGCAGAUGUUGAUGGAGAGCUGCACGUUGCUGUGAACUUAAAAAUCCUUAAAAAAAAGAGCAGGAAGGUGAAAUUAAAGCGAGAAAGUUUCCUCAUCGACUGACAGUCAAGUCGGGAUCCUGAAGACUCGGCACAAUGAGCCGUUCACGGGGCGACACAGAGGGUAAUAACCAGUGAUGCUGUUACAUCAACAGGAGGGUGAACUGUGAGGCAAACAGCCGACAGGUUAAACACUGUAUUCUAGUCAAAAGCAAAAUAAAUAAAAUAAUUCAAGCUGAUUUUCUCAGGUCUUUCUAAAAGAAGACGGCACUGAGCAUGUGUAGGGUAGACUGAGACUCACUGUAUGUGGGAAGGUGUAAGUAGCUUUGUUCAUAUUUUUGUAAAUGGUAAACUGACGAGUAGCAUAGUUAUCACAGAUAAAUAAAAAAAUAAAUAGAUGUGACACAGGGUCUGGCAGAGUUUGACAUGUGCAUAGAAACCAUUUAUCACCGUUGCCAAGAACUGGAAGAAACGGAACAAAAGUUAUCAGUGAAAUGAAGCCAAGUUUGAGGUUUAUCUUUUCAAUGAGUUUAUCAGAUAUAAGAAACAGCUUCCGGUCAAUUGACGCUUGAAGAUACUUGGUAUUAAAAGCAAGCAUACUUUAUUGGCACGGCAGAAUUCAGAGAAAAACAUUGGCGUCAUUUGAGACCAGUUGUUCAAUUUUAUGAAUCAGUGACUUUAAAUUUAAUGACUGAUUUAAACCUUUAUGUUUGCAAAGGCAGCUCACUGACAGAACGUGCUGUUUUCAGGAGUUUGUGUAAAGUUAAAAAAGUUGUUGCAGCUGUUAAAAGAUGACAAAUAAAUGGCAAAAAAGAGGUGGUGGUUUUUCUCUUAUUCAGGAACAGAAUAAAUAAUUUAUAUGUGACAGUAUAAAUAAUUUAUUCUUACAGUAAAGUGCAGGUACUGUUCUGUAAAUCGUAUUUAAUCACUGUCACCACUGGUUGAUGAACAGAUGCCAUAACCACCCUCUGUGUAUUGUCUGUAUUCAUGUCUCAUGUCCCUGUGACAUCUGUGUCUCCUCUAAAUGUUCAACAGGUGAAGCUCCUGCCUCCAAACACACAAACUCAGGCAGAGGGUCAAAGGUCACCUCAGAGAGAGUGGCCCUGCUGGUUGUCUGUUCUCUCCUGGCAGCUGCUGUCAUUGUUAUUUACAGACUCUCUUUUGCUCAUUUUCAAACCAAGAAAAAUCUCCAGACACUGAGAGAAGAGUGCGAAGCUGUAAAAAGAAACCUCACAGAGAGAAGUUGUGAAACAAAACAAUGCAACACGGUGUGCCCUAAAUGCCCAAAAGAUCCUGAAGUAAAAAUCAAUCAAACAUGUAUAAAGUGUGAAAGAGGCUGGGAGCAACAUGGAGGAAAGUGCUAUUAUUUCUCCAUCAGUUCUGCAAACUGGGAAAAGAGCAGAAAUUUCUGCCAACGUAGACGAGGAGACCUGGUUAAGAUAGACAGCAGAGAGGAGCAGAUAUUCCUGGUGAAUAGAGUGAGAGAGAAAAGGAAAGAGCAUGCAGACAUGUUCUGGAUCGGACUGACAGACUCAAAGGAAGAGGGCAAAUGGUUUUGGGUGGACGGCUCACCACUGAACACAAGUCUGACCUUCUGGGCCAGUGGGGAGCCAAACAACUUGAAACAGUACAAUGCUAAUGGAGAGGACUGUGUGAGGAUUGGGGAGGAGCGGAAAGCUUAUGACCUGAGGGCCUGGUGGGACAGAUCCUGCCACGUGAAUCGAAGAAGUAUUUGUGAGAAACAUGAGGAAAAUGGACGUUGCGCUGAAAUCCAGUGAAGGUUGAGUCCUCAGCCAACUUAACAAUCUGUGGCAUGAUGAUGUUUUUGAUAAAGCUAAUGUCAAAAUUCAAUCUGCAA